UCUACGUGUUCAUAAUGAAGCAAAUGAAGAAGGUAAUCGAAGGGAUAGCACUUGGUCAGUGCUACGUAUAUUGCAAGGUCUGAUCACGAAUCUCCUUGAACUAUUGGGAAUCAACCGCAUACGUGAAAUAAAAUUGAUCCAUUCUCAAUCCCUUGGACUUCUAGAUCACAUGUGUGAAGUGAUAAAACAUUUGGAUGGUAUAGACAUGGAAGAUUUAUGUGGUGGAGCCAUUUUCCAAGCUGUCGAGCUAGGGGUUUUCGAGUUUAUUGAUCGUAUAUUCCAAGCAAGUCCAGAUCUCGUGUGGAGCAAUAAUCAAAAUCAAAGAAACCCCUUGCAGUUUGCCAUUGAAUGUCGUCAAGAAAGGAUUUAUAGCCUGAUUUAUAGACUCGAUAAAACAGAAAGAAAUGUGAUUGGAAAUCUUGGAGAUACCUCUAACAGUAACAUGCUACAUAUGGCAGCGAUGUUAUCGCCAUUGGCAAAGCUCGAUAAUAUCUCAGGAGCAGCGUUGCAAAUGCAGAGAGAAUUGCAAUGGUUCAAGGAGGUGGAGACUAUUGUACUUCCGAGGAUGAGAGACACUUUAAAUGCGGAGAAUUUGACACCCCGUGCUCUGUUUACCAAGAAUCACAAGGAAUUGGUGAAGGAAGGAGAAAGAUGGAUGAAAGAAACUGCAACUUCUUGUACGGUUGUAGGUGCUCUCAUUAUUACCAUCAUGUUUGCUUCAGCAUUCACAGUCCCUGGUGGAAACAAUGGAGAAACAGGCAUUCCCAUAUUCUUGAAAAAAAAGUUAUUUAUGGUUUUUAUAGUUUCAGAUGCUAUAUCGUUAUUUUCUUCCACAACUUCAGUGUUGAUGUUUGUGUCAAGUGGUGUGGUUAAGAAGAAUUUUGAGUUGCUUGAAUUUGAGGCAAACUGGUCCAACAGUGGUUUAUUGUGA